CUCGUCUUGACCUGAUGGCCAACAUUCUUGCGUUCCUCACGGUGUUUGCCGCCAUGGCCAGUGCGACAGUGAACCAAACCGACGACCACCGGGCUCAUAUUUACGACUUCGAACCAAGGGACCCGCAUUUGGGAAUUAGGUCGACAGAUAUAUCAACCAACCGAAGUGUAGCCCGGCAAGCACUUGGGGCACACAACCAACUCCCAUUUUUCGCACUUGUCCUGCCGUGGUCCAUUUGGCAGCGUUGGAACAUGCCGCUGUCGUUGAGCGAGUCGCCAAACUUCCACGGGUACCCAACCCCCCGGCCGUAUUCACUGUUGCGGCAAAACAGUCCUUGGGCGGCGAGCCCAGCGGGGCAGAUCGAGUGGCAGUCGAGGCCUUUGCGGGUCGUGCCCACUGGACACUUGUCGUAGCACAGCAGACCCAGGCGCUUUUGUCCGGCGGCUCACGAUUCCGGCACACGGCCGCGUGUCCGCGUUGCCUUCCAGCAAAAAUAUGAGGCCGUUUCGAGCUGGCGGUCGUCGGUUUGGUUCACGGUCGCACUGGUCAUGGCGGCAAACGCAGUGAGGAAGCAAGAAUGUUGGCCAUCAGGUCAAAGCGAGGUGAAUUGCAAAGUUACCUCUUGAGUUGGACGACGCGCGCGCCUCCAGUUUCUACCCGUGAAAAAACUCCAAUAAACGUCACAAUGAUACUCGGGGCACUUCUUGUCGUACUUGAAAGGGGUGCCCCAGCCUUGAGAC